AUGUCCUCUGUUAUAAUGAAUAAUAAUGAAACAACUGUUAUCAUUAUUUGUCAGUUUUAUCACGGACUUCUAAACAUGUUUAUGAUGAUUGUAUUUCUUCUGUUUUAGAUAUAGAGCAUAAAACUUAUCUAAUCGAUAUCUGUAGCAAGUUUAAAAGUGUUGAAAACAGUAAUGAAUCAUGUGACAAAAGACAAGGAUUUUCCGACUCAGGCGGUAUCAUCAGAAGCCACGCACAUUACCCUAUAGUAAAUUUAACACCUGAAAGAAAGUGUUCUGUGAAACUGUACUGGCCAAAAGGACAAAAGCUUCUUGUAGCCGUUCAUAGCGUUGACUUUCGUUAUGACGAUAGCCUAAUAAUUAUAAACAAUGGCAAGCCAGAAAAUGCAACUUCUAAAAAAACUUUCCAAUUUUCAGACGGAAACGAAACUUUAUUUGUUUUUAGUGUAGGAGAGAAGUAUUUUAUGAAAAAAGCAAGUGGUUUUCUACUUUAUUUCAAAUUUGUACCUAAAGAUGACCAGAGCUUUCAGGAUGCAUGUGCGAUAAUCAUGGAACCUGGAAAUGACAGUCUAGUGAGUGGCGUGCCAGCUCGUUUCCAGAGUCAUACAUCGGUAGAUUUGCUGCAGGAAAAUAUAAAAUCUGAUUUGACUCCGUGCACACGAACAUCAUCUGCCACCGAACAAAUACCAAAACGUUGUUUAAAAAAGAAGCCAGGGAAAAAGAGGGACAAAUGUACAGUUUGUGAAGGCAAUCCGAAUCUUAAGGCAAUCCGAAUCAAAAAUGAAUUUUUCCUGUUAAUUAUAUUAAAUUUGACCAAAUAUUUCAUGGGAACCGGUAUUUUCUUAAAAUAUAACCCCUUUGCUAUGAAUUUAUUGAUAAACAAUCAAAGUUGCAGGCGUUUACAUGAAUCAAACGUCUACUUGAUUUGGACCACUUACAGACGAUUUCGCGCACCUGCAAAUAUAUUGGCUUCCCGAGUUGAAAAUAAUCAUUUUGUAUUCCACAGGAUGGGAGCGAAAAAGAAAAAGGUAGUUUGCAAAAUGUAGCCUUACUAUAUAUCUACACCAGGAUAAAUUUACUGUUGCAAAUAUUUCUGUUUAGUGUAUUUUCUCGUUUAAUCUAAAACACGCGCCACAGAGGGCAAUGCGAAUCAACAAGGCGUGAUGACGGGGGCCGUCUCAAGUUUGUAAUCAGACUAAUACAUAUUUUUUUUUUAAUAAUAAUUAAAUAAUUUUGUUUUUAUAAGUGAUAUUUCAUCCAUGAAGGUUGAGUUCUAUUUCAUUAAUUAUUUUUUCUUUUCAUAAUGAUAUAAUAAUAAUAUAUAUCAUGUAUAAGAAAGAAAGCUAUCUUUGUAAUUGCAUGCUAACCAAUGCAUCUGUGAUACCACCUCAUGGGCUAAAUAUUAUGGCCAAAAGCAAAUUAGAUGUGACACUUUAAGGAGAAAUAAAGUCUGAAAAACUUUUUUAUGUGGUUAAAUUUCAUUGCCAGAUAAUUGAAAUUCUUGCUUAUUUGCAGGUUGAAGAUGCUGUUAUACUAUAACCUUGUGUUAACAUAGUUGUUUCUGAAUUUUUAUAGGUUGAACCUAGGCCAGCAACAUCUAGUCCAGCAGUGCAAACUGCAAAAAAAUUGAGAAAGAAAUACAGAAGUAGAAGUUCGCCUGGCAAGGCCAAGGAUAAGGUGUCAAGAGCAAGACGUGCAUUGUAUGAGGUUAAAGUUAAUAAGGUACCUGUUAGAAAAGCUGCUAAAAAAUACAAUUUGUCCUAUGGUUUUGUACAAAGGAGAGUUUCAGGUACUGUAGAGAUUGGUGCAUGUCAUGGUACAGGCACUGUGUUUAAUGCCAGUGAAGAGGGAGAAUUUGUUGAGUAUUUAAGUGAGAUGGCUAAAAGAGGUAUGGGCUUAAGACCUGGUGAAUUUUUAGACAAAGUACAAGAAGUAGUCAUAAAAGAAGGUAGAAAGACACCUUUUAAGAAUGGUAGGCCAUCAUAUGAUUGGUACAGGCGCUUUAUGAACAGACAUAAGGAUAUUCUAGGCAUAAGACAAGAAUCAUUACUGGAAUCUUCUAGAGCUAAAUUAACAAAGGCCAAAUUAGAUGACUGGUAUAGUUCAUACACAAAAUUUUUAGUGGAAAAAGAUCUAAUGAAUAAACCAGAACAAAUCUGGAAUGCAGAUGAAUCAGGAUUUAGUUUGGGAAGUAAAGCUGGGAGGGUGAUAGGACCAUCAAGGACCUCAUUUCCUACACAAGUACCACAUUUGGCUGGGAGCUCAAGUAAAGCAAGACUGACUGUGAUGUUUUGUGCCAGUGCAAGUGGGUCAAUAAUGCCUCCUUUCUAUGUGUACCCAAAACCCCCUCCUAAAGGUAUUAAUCCUUUAAGCUGUAGUAUUCCUGGAGGAAAAAUUGAAUAUACUGAUAAAGGGUGGAUGGAUGGACCAACAUUUGCUAAGUUCCUUGAUCAUUUUGAUUCCCAUAUUGUAACAGAAAGACCUGUUGUGUUGUUGAUUGACUCUGUUAGCAGUCAUAUUGGUUCAAAAAUAUUCCAAGAAGCAAGAAGUAAGAAGAUUGAAUUAUAUAGAAUUGUACCUAACGCCACGCACCUCAUGCAGCCUUUGGACAAAGGUGUUUUUGGCCCCAUGAAAACUCAGUGGUAUAAAACUGUAAGAAAACAUAAUCGUGAAAACCCUGGAAUUCCAAUAAACAAAGGUAACUUUGCAGAGAAAUUAAAAGAUGCCUACAAUGAAUUUUAUAGGCCAAGUAUUGUUGUGAAUAGUUUUUCCUCUUCAGGAAUAUAUCCAGUAAACAGGGCAGUCAUUUCUGAUGAUCAGCUAAAAACAGGCUUAACUUUUAACACAGACAGUGAACAAUUAGAAAAGGAUUCUAUACAAAAGGAGUCUUCUGAUCAUGCUGAAUCUCAGUGCCUAAAUGAGAAAGUCUUUAACACAUAUGUCAGUGUACUAAAAACACCAGUCAAAGAAAAAUAUGAAAAACGACAAGCAGAGGGAUACAAUUUGCAUGGAGUUUCCCCUGGGUAUGACACAUAUAUAUUGCUUAAAUCAAGGAUUGGUGAAGAAUCAAGUAACCAAGAAGAUUCUAUACAAAAAAGAGAUAAGUCAACAGUUACUUCUAGAGAAGGCUUUGUUAACAUUGAUCAAAUACCAGGUCAAAAGUCAGUUCAAGGACUACAAUUAUUAGCAGAUGCUGCCUCUCGCAUGACACCCUGUGUCACUUCAGACUUUGUUCAGAAGAGAAAAGUAUCAGAUGAAUUCAAUGUCCAAGAUGUGUCGCCAGUUAUGAAAGCCGCACUUGUCAUGCCAAAAGUCAAAGAAAUUAAAAAGAAGAAACGAACUAGCAUACUUGAUAAUUUGCCUGAUAACUUAACUAGUCCAGAGACUAUCAGAAAACUUGCUUUGAAAGACAUAGAAAAAACUAGACAAUUUGCAAACAAGGAAAAAAGAGCUAAAGCAACAUAUCUUUUAAAAUCAAAAAGAAGUAAAGACAAACAAAAUUUGAAAAAAAUAGAAACAGUCUCAACAACCACUGAAAAUGAAGAGGAAGCUAUGUGUAUGGUCUGUGAAUUAACAUGGAAGGAGGACCAGGAUCUCAUGCUUGGUCACACAUGGAUCCAGUGUGACAAAUGUGAAAGUUGGAUUCACGAACAUUGCUUACCAAUAGAUAUGAAAUAUGAUUCUGUGACAAAUAGAGAUAUAGACUUCAUUUGUCACAAAUGUGAAAGAGACAAAUAAUAUGUGAAAUAUUGU